AUGUCCAACUUGACAAUGCAGCAGAACGAAAUGCCAAGGGAAAUAACCUCCGCUUUUGAUGUUAACCAACCUGUUUCUUUAUCUGGCCCUGCUCUAAUGCCUUUUGUUACAUCUCCGGCUCUUCAACAACCUGCCUCGAUCAUUGCCUCUAAUAAUCUGCCAACAAAACCAUCGCCAAGCUUCUCUUGUAAUGAGUCUCGCCCUCGUCUUAUCACAACUUCUGACAUGUUUAUAUUCCACAGGAAUUUACCGUGGCCUCUCCUUCGAGUGGAUAAUCCGUCUCUAGCCUCUUGUCCCGAUCUGCUUCAUGGGCCCUUGGGCUCAUUUCUUAUCUUUCUGGUUGACCGAUUUCACUCGGUUCCAGCCCCAGCGUACUUUACUCCAGGUGCUGUUUCUCAGACCUUCAGUAGCACGUACAAUGUUGCAAUAUCUUCAGAGCUCUCAGAGGCUCUGAUUCACAUACCUGUUGAUAUUAGGCAUUACCUUCACGCAUCAUCUCCUCGAUUAAGCCCGUGUAUUCUGAACAAACUGUGGACAUCUACCUCUUUUCGUCUGCUGCAUCUCAAGUGGAUUAUUAGUAUAUUUGGUCACAAUGCCCUAUUCCUGUGA